AGUCGGCUCGAGCCACUGGCGAAUCGAUUCGCCGAUUCGAGACCGGCGACGAUGGCUCGCAUGCUGCCGCUGGCGGCUGUGGUCUUGGCUCUGGGCGCCACUGCCUUCAUCGCGCCCCAAGCCACACCCACCUCCACCGCGCUCGGAGCGCGGCGGAGCGCGCGCAGCGCGCCGCAGGCGGCGAAGGCGUCGAGCCUCACGGGAAGCAGCGUGGGCCUUGGCCUGGCGGCCGUCAGCGUGGGCCUGGCGCUGGCGAGGUGCAGCCUUACGCAGCGUCGCUUGCGUUUGGCGGGCAAGGACAUCCCGCGUAACAAGGAGCUGGCCUACGCGCUGAUCUGCAGCGUCUACGGGGUGGGCAAGACCACCGCCUUCAAAAUCUGCGUGGACACCGCGCUGGACCCGCACAAGAUUGUGAAUGAACUUUCAGAAGAAGAGGAGAUCCGGCUGGCUGAGGAGAUCGAAAAGUACACCUUGGAAAACCCUUUGCGGCGUAUGUACAAGGCGAAUUGCAAGGUGCUCGUGGAGAUCAAACACAGGCGGGGCGUGCGGAUGGCCAAAGGCCUCCCGGUGCGAUUCCAGCGGAGCAAGACCAACAACCGUAAUGCUCGGAAGCUGAACCCGGGCAGGUUUUAGGCGCGGACCAAUUCUCGGCUUGGCUGAAAAAA